CGCGAAACACCACGACCAUUGUCAUCAGUCAACGUCCUCGGCUCUUCCUACUGUCUGGAGACAGUUUUCAUCCUGAACGAAUUUAUUUGCUUGUUAGACACGAACUGUCGUGAUUUGCCCUUUCAGACUUCGUCCAGCCGAGAACAACUCCAUCGAACGACUUGACCGUUUCCCCCCUAAGCGUUACUCUCACAGAGCCAUCAUGACAACCUACUCAACGGAUCCGGCUCUCUAUAUAUUUACAUCCCUCACUGCUGGAUCCUCCCAUAUCGUCACGGCCACCUCCCGCCUCGAGACCAUUCUCCGAGCCAACCGCGUUCCCUUCAAAGCCGUCGACAUAGCCGUUGAUGAAAAGGCCCGCAUGCUCUGGGGACGUCGUGCAGGGAAAGAUGAGUCGGGUCGUGUCAGAAAGCUACCGGGUCUCGUCCAAGAGGGCCUGGUGCUGGGGGAUAUUGUUGAAAUCGAGGACUGGAACGAGUACGGGGAACUCAAGCAACAUGUAAAGAUUUACUACGAUGAACACACCAUCCCCUCCAUCCACAACAAGCCCAAAGAUCCGCCCAUGACAUUUGGCCCGGCGAAACCGGCUGCUCAACCUGCUGCUGUAGCGGCAGUUGCAGCAGCAGCAGCAGCGCCGCCAGCCGCGCCGCCCCUCCCGAAAGCCGCAACCACGACCACCGGAUCUACGGUAGUGAAAAAGGAGGAGCCCAAAAAGUCCGAAAAAGUGGCGGACAAGGCCACCCUCCCGAUCCGCUCCAUCGCCGACGAGGCCGCCCAGAAAGCCAAGGACCUGCGGCUGCAGUCCCUGCGCGAGAAGGUGCACGGAAGCAAGGCGGCCGCGGAGAAGAAGAAGGAGGAGGAAGAGGAGAAGAAAGACACCGAAGAAGAAACCAAGGGCCAAAGCGCCGCGAAGAAGGAAUUGGCAGGCCUCCAAUCCCCGACGACGGCCAAGUGGAAGACACCCGCCACCGCACCCGAUGCAGCAACAGCAUCUUCUUCUUCUCCUUCUUCUUCCUCUACGGAUGCGCUCCCCGCUGCCGAGACCAUACAAAGCCCUACGACUGGGCGGUGGAAGUCGUCUGAGCCCUUCGAGCCACCAGCGACAAGCCAUAGGGGGUCCGUGCUGGUCCCGGCGUCCGAGACGGAGAUUAAGGCUGUGGAGCAGGCUCAAGCGAUACCCGAGGUGUCGUCGUCUGAGGAAGAGGACGAUGAAGAUGAAGAUGACGAGGACGAUGACGACGAAGAAGACGAAAAAGAGGAAAAAGUCGCCAAAGUCGGAAAAGAUGACAGGAAGAAGGAUGGUGGCAUAGCACCCAGCAAUCUGGCUUGAUCAAACUGCAUCUUGCUUCUCCCGUUUCUGCUGCGAAUCAUUCCCGUCUUGUCUCGACAUUUGUUGGCUCGUCACUCUGCGUCUCCUUUCUUGGCGAUCUGUGGGCGGUUGGGACUGUUAACAGGGGAAGGGAAGAGAGUAGGUGGGCAACCGGUCAACUCGGCAAGCGACGUUAUUUCACACAAGCCAUCUUAACAUUGUUUCUUUCCUUUUCACCUGGCAAGAUUUGUACAACUGAAUGAAUUCCCCCUCUAACAGACUUCGCUUGUCAUGUCGCCGGAACCCUAGUAGAGGCCGUCAUCGUCACUUGCCGUCCCCUGCUGAAACCCAGCAACGGCUUUCCCCUUCCCCUUCCCCCCACGCCCGUUUGCGCCGCUAGCUUCGUUAUCGGAGCCGUAUUCCUCCUCGCUAUCUACAGCCAGCGCCUUGCCCUUGCCCUUGUCCCUCGCUACAGCCUUCCCCUUCCCC